AUGUUACAGAGUUUAAAGCUUAACGACGAGACGGACAAGCUCAAUCGUGAAAGCACGGAAGAAAACCAGAGAGAAGUUCGAAUCAGAUCGCUGAUAAAUGUUAUGCGAAGAUGGUUUUGCAGAUUCGAAAUAAUUGAAGCAGAUAGAAUUGAAGAUUCAGAAGUGUUGAAGCUUAAAGAUGAAGUUGCGGUUGAAGAUGAAGAUGGAGAGAUAAGUUUGCGAAGAGAAGGUGAGAGAGCUUUUGUGAAUUUUUGUGGUGUGAUUCUUAUGAACGUGAAGAAUGAAAUGAUCUCAGAGCAGUGGUUAUGUUCAAGUGAAAGCUUCCGAAUCUGA